GAAAAGAUAGAUAGGAUAGGAGACAACUUUUAGUUUAACCGGGGUCCAAUUGAAAACCCGAGUGUCGACCCAUUCACAUUCACAUUCACAUUCACAUUCACAUUCACAUUCACAUUCAGCAUUCUUUUGACCGAAGCAACGCCACCUGUCGUUCCCUCUUCUCAUCACUCAUCUUAACUGUUUUCUGAUCGAUACAAAUUAGGGUUCUCAUCACUCAUCUUAACUCUUUUCUUCUGAUCGAUAUUCCAAAUUAGGGUUUCAAAUCGGAAGAUGAAGAAGGAUAAAUCAGUGUUGAUUGCAAGCCCUAGCGAACCGAAAUCAUCUUCUUCAAACAAAGUAUUUCUUCCAGAUGAGGAUUCGAAAGCCACUAAUAAUGACUUUCCUAUGCGUACCGGCACUCGUAAUGGUUCUUCUAAAUACGAUUUCGUCAAGGUGAAGGUAUGGUUGGGUGAUAAUGCUGAUCACUACUAUGUCCUCUCUAGAUUUUUGCUUAGCAGAAUGCUGACUGUUACUAAGAUUCCUAACCAUGUGGCCCUAAAAAUUGCCCUUGAACUCAAGAAGCUGCUCAUAGAUAAUAGCCUUCUGGACGUAUCCCAGUCUGAUCUGGAAGCUAAUUUGUUUAAGCUCAUGGAACGCCGGGGCUAUGGACAAGAGUACAUAAAUCGUUACAAGAUGAUGACAAGAUUUCACCAUCAAAGAGUGCCAUUGGUUAUUCUUGUAUGUGGCACAGCGUGUGUUGGAAAAUCUACAAUUGCUACCCAACUUGCACAAAGGCUAAACUUGCCAAAUGUUUUGCAGACGGAUAUGGUGUAUGAAUUGCUAAGGACAUCAACAGAUGCACCUUUGACGUCUUCACCAAUUUGGGCACGAGACUUCAGCUCCUCAGAGGAGCUAAUCACUGAAUUUUGCAGAGAAUGCAGAAUUGUUCGAAAAGGAUUGGCUGGUGAUUUAAAGAAAGCAAUGAAAGACGGGAAGCCAAUUAUCAUUGAGGGGAUGCAUGUGGAUCCUAGUAUAUACCUAAUGGAUGAAGAGAAUAAAUCACCACAUAAUGUGCCAGCGAAUCCACAAGAGUCAAAAGCGGAUGAAAAUGACAUGACAAACGUGGAAAAUAAUGCUUCCACUAUUGGUGCUCAAAGCGAGGAUAUACAUCCAAAUGCUGAGAAUGCCAAGACAGAAGCAAUAUCCACUCAAGAGUUGGAUAAAAUUUCAGAUGACCUCAAGUCUGUUCAUAUUGUUGACCAUGCUGCCGGUAGUCAAAAUGAUACCACAAAAGAUCAAGUGGCAGAUAAGAAACCUACUCUUGAAAGAGAAAAAUCUGGAGUCACUGAACCCGUAAUAAUUCCUAUAGUCCUAAAGAUGGCGGACUUUGAUCAUAAGGCACUGUUAGAGGAGUGGAUAUCUAGCCGGAAAUUCAGCGAUAGGUAUCCAAUCCAGGAAAAAGAUAAACUGAUUAGCAACUUAAAAACCAUUCAAGACUAUCUGUGCUCAUUCAAGUCACAGGGAUUAACGGUUGUUAAUAUAUCGACUACAACAUUCCCGCAAACUCUUGAUUGGUUGCACAAUCAUCUUCUUCAGUGUAUCGAGCAAGGCCUCCAAGGGAAGCAAUAGUAACACAGGAGGAAGUUAAGAUUGAGUGUUAGAUAAAUCAUAAAUGAAUUAGGAUUGAAAAAUGUUAUGCAAGUUCUAUAAACUGGUUUUCAACAAGUUAAGAUUCUAUUAUAUCAUAGAUCUUGUACAAAUUAUGUUGAGAUGUGCAUCGAGACCAACCAAUUAUAUCAUGAGUAGAGGUUGCAAUCGUGAAUAGUAUGUCCCGAUCGUGAAAGGUGUGUAUUCAGAUUUGCAAGAUUCAGCUUUUU